AUGGCGGAAAUGCAGGUAAUCCCAGCGAAGCAUGGAGUAGCAACAUUUGUUCCCGCUGGACAGACGAUCAAGAUCGUCAACACAUCUGGGACACAAGUCAUUGAUACUUGGGCCUUUGCACUGCCGAAGCCAGACGGAAAAAAGGGCGAUUCGACCGAGCAGAACCCGGAGCCGGAGCAGAAGACAGAGGACAAGGCAGAGGACAUGGCAGAGGAGAAGGAGGAGCCCAAGCAAGAAGAGAAGGCUGCGCCGAAGCCGACACCUAAGAAAAACAAGGGCUCUGAUCUGCCAAGUCAAGAAGAUGCAGAGGAAGCGACGCAAGAAGGCUUGGAAGGUUGUGGGGAAGCGACGCAAGAAGGCUUGGAAGGUUGUGAGGAAGCUGGCAAAGAUGCAAAGAACGCGACGCCGCAGAAGAGCACCUGGAGCUCUUACGUCCCAUCGCUUGGAUUUUCGGGCGAGGAGAAAGGUGACACGCCGCAAAAGGAGACGCAGCAGCAAAAGGACUCGAGGACAUGGUCCUCGUACUUCCCUUCUGGUCAGAGUUUCAGCUCCUACGUCCCGAAGUCGGCUAGCGAUACGGUAUCGAUGUUCGCAAAGAAGCAUGAAAGAGACCCAAGCAAGUCAUACAUUGAGCAACUGCAAGACUUCUCCAAGACACCUGUCGGAGCUGGCGGUCUCGCAGCAAUCACCGGGUCGGGUUAUGGUGGGACGCUGUAUGCUGGCUACCAAGCCUACAACGCGAAGAAUGCGCCGGACGCUCCACCCAUGGAGUUCUUGAGCAUGGCUCACUCCCGGACAGCAACGCUGCAUAUGAGGCCCAAAAUCAACGACACGCUUGUUUCGAACCUUCGAGAGCCGAUGCUCACGGUCGUCGAGGACACCUCGCCUGGUAUCCACGACACACUCAUCCCAGCCUGCGACCCGAUGCGUUACAAGAACCUUGGUAUGGACAACUGGGAGAAACAUGGAUCGUGCGCUGAGAACCUCGUGCUGGCAUUGAAAGAGCUGAACGAGCGAGCGGGUCUGAAGGGCGCAAGGGGCGUUGGUGCAGACGUCACCAUCAACGCCGUGCCCGCGCCGCUGAACCUGUUCAUGAAUAUCCCGUGGGAUGACGAGGGAGAUCUCGCAUUCAAAGCGCCCAAAGGCAAAGAUGGAGACUACAUCAGAUUGAAAGCAGAGCGUGACGUUGUAGUGGUGAUGAGUGCAUGCCCGAACGACGUGCAAGAGAUCAACGCCAACAAGUCGACCGACGCGCACUUCAUCGUCGAGGGCGACGGUGAGGUGUCGUUCGUAUCCGAAUCCAAGGCCCCUUCCCCACCAACGCGAAAUGGCCACCUCGCGGGGCCUACCGAUAGCCCUACGAUAUAUGGCAUCUUCACCAUCGGAUCCCUCAUCGCAACCUUCAAACACGGUGUCCGGCAUGCCAUCAUCCUCGGCUGGGGAAGCCUUGUCGCUUUCUGCAUCCUGCAUAUCGUCGCGGGUAGACUCGAGAUAGCAGUCUCCGACAGUGUCGCUGCACGAGUGCUCGUUAUUGUCGGUCUGGCGCCGCUCACGCUUGUUUUCCUGGGAUUGUUACAUGAGUGUCGUGCGUACCUCUUCCCAGCAAGACGUCGAUGGCUCGAGCUCUCGUGGCUUGCAGCUUGCACAAUCGCAACAUUCACCGCGCUCGUCCUCACGGCCGUGGGUGCCUCCCAUGUCUACAAGUCUGAUUCCGCGAGCGACCCAGACGCCAUGUCAAUGAACGUCUCUCUCCUGAAGGCCGGGCUCCUGCUACUGGUUCUGGUCUCAAUCUUCAUCGUCGGGCUUGCAGCAUGGAGUUUCCUGGCUCUACUGCGCACCUCCAGCAAAGCCCGACCUGGAGCCUACUGGGAAGGCAAGCUGUUGCUCUCGGUCGUGCUCUUCCCGAGCCCGCUUCUGGGCAUCGUGUUACUCACAAAUCUCUCUUACGUCUUCACUGAAGCCAAGGUGGACCCGCUGGACAGGAGCCUGGGUGCGAGGCUUGGGUUGCAGGUUAUCGAGGAGCUUGUCCUCGCUCUGACGUUCAUCGUCGCUGGCAUACUGACGCGGAAUGUGGCCAAGUCUCCGAGAAAUGCGUAA